UUAUCUUUUUCCUCUUCUGGAAUGAAUCAGUGGUUCAGAAAAUACCAAGGACACGGUGGUAAUUUACGGCUGUCCUGCUGGGGUCAUAGAGUAGUGUGGGGAGAGGGCAGAGGAAGGAGAGAGGAGCAUGUUUUCUAGAACCUGGCUACUGUGAGGGCAUUUAAGCUUGCAGGUGGGAAGCGCGUCCCUUGUUGAGAGCAGGCGUUUGGCUCAGGAGUUGGGAUCCCUGACAGUGGAGGCUCUUGGUGGUGCCUGGUGUGGGCAGAAAUGAGGAAGCGUGGCCAUCUGUCCCAAUGUUUUCACCGAAAAUCCCAUGUCCUGGGAAACCCCUCCAUCCAGAGCAGACUUGGAAGCCGGUAACCCUAGGGUGGGACCAGGCCCUAGAAUGGGCACUGGGGCAGUUUUUGGCCUGAGCAGUGGAGGUGAGGAGAGCUAGAGCUGAGGGCAGAGCUGAUUGGGGUGUCAGUCAGACUCCAGAAUUUAAAUCACUCAAAAAAAAAAAAGAAAAGAAAAGAAAAGAAAAAGACUUUUGUCGUGCCCUGAGUCAAGAAAUCACACUGUGCAGCCCAUGUCUUCCUGGGCAAGCCCGUGUGGAUGGGGACAGCUGGAAUUUGGCUGGCCCAGACACUGUCCCUGAGAGCAAAGGCCCAGAACCCGGGGUUAUCUUGGGGUGAAAUGGAUGCUGGGGGCUCUGAGCUAUGUGGUCUUAAGCCAAACUGUUCUGUUUUGGGAUUUUUUUUUUCCAAAAUUUCUUUUUGUUAAGUCACUCUCAGACCAUCUGCCUGUCCUACAGGAUAGGGGGGUGUAGGGGAAGAGGUAGCGGAGCUGAGGAGGAUUCUGCCAGCUCCCCUGGUUUGGUUUGGGAUCUGAGGGCAAGUCCUAGGGAGCUCAACCAGGGUUGGCUGUCUGAGCACCCAUCUGGCCUGUUCAGGCCAGUCUUCCCUGGCUUUUAGGAAAAACACAUGCACACACACCUGAGCAGGAGCUAUUUCUGUCUUCCAGGGUACACAUAAAAACUCAUGUGUCUCUUGCUUGACCUUUUAGAGGGAAACUCUGCUCUCCUUUCUCCGGGAAUGUACCCCACGUUGCUCUUUACUAUUUUUCUGUUGGAUGGGAGAGUGGAGUGUGAUUGUCUAAGUCCCAAUGGAUUUGGGGGUGACCCUCUCAUUCCAGUAGAUGAUAAACUCUGUACGAUGAGGGGUCUGAUUUCUCUUGCUUACCUACCAUGAAGCCCUGAGGCUGGCACACAGCUGCUCAGUAAUUAAAUGGUGAAUGAGGCUGUGAGCAAUUCAAUAAAUAGCUUUCUGAGGGGAGACAGUAGCUAAAGGCUGUGGGGCAGUGGUUCUCGAACUUGACUGUACACCAGAAGCACCUGGGAGCUUUAGUGGUAUUUCGCUGUCCAGGCUACACCCCAUUCCUAUUGUGUUAGAAUCUUUGGCGGCCAGACCCAGGCAUCAGUGUUUUAAAAAUUCUCCAGGUGAUUCUAAUACAUAGCCAGGUAGGGGAACCAAUCUGUCUUGGCUUGGGCUGCUGUAACAAAAUACCACAGAACGGGUGGCUUACACAACAGAAAUUUAUUUUCUCACAGUGCUGGAAGUCCAAGAUCAAGGCGGCUGAUUGAGUUUCUGUUGAGGUCUCUCCUACUAGGUUGCAGGAGGCCACCUUCUUCUGUGUCCCUGCAUAUGGUAGAGAGAGAGAAUUCAGGUGCUGCUCCCAGCAGCCAGCUUGUUGCAGCUCAUGGAUGUUCGCCAGAACUGCUGUGACUUCCUGCAGUCUCAGUUGCAUCCCACCAAUUGCCUGGGCAUCCGUGCAUUUGCAGAUGUGCACACCUGUACCGACCUUCUGCAGCAGGCCAACGCUUAUGCAGAGCAGCACUUUCCAGAGGUGAUGCUGGGGGAAGAAUUUCUUAGCCUAAGUCUGGACCAGGUGUGCAGCUUGAUAUCCAGUGACAAGCUGACCGUUUCUUCAGAAGAGAAGGUAUUUGAAGCUGUGAUUUCAUGGAUCAAUUAUGAGAAAGAAACCCGUUUAGAGCACAUGGCAAAGCUGAUGGAACACGUCCGUCUCCCUCUCUUACCGAGAGAUUACCUGGUGCAGACAGUUGAAGAAGAAGCUUUGAUAAAGAAUAACAACACCUGUAAGGACUUCCUCAUCGAGGCCAUGAAAUACCAUCUGCUCCCUCUGGAUCAGAGGCUCUUGAUUAAAAACCCAAGGACCAAGCCUAGGACUCCAGUCAGCCUGCCCAAGGUCAUGAUCGUGGUUGGUGGCCAAGCACCCAAGGCGAUCCGCAGUGUGGAGUGCUAUGAUUUCGAGGAGGACCGGUGGGACCAGAUUGCCGAGCUUCCCUCCAGGAGAUGCAGAGCAGGUGUAGUGUUCAUGGCUGGCCAUGUGUACGCCGUGGGCGGGUUUAAUGGCUCUCUGCGCGUACGGACCGUGGACGUGUAUGAUGGGGUGAAGGACCAGUGGACGUCCAUCGCCAGCAUGCAGGAGCGCCGGAGCACGCUGGGCGCUGCUGUGCUCAACGACCUGCUCUACGCCGUGGGGGGCUUUGAUGGCAGUACUGGCCUGGCGUCAGUGGAAGCCUACAGCUACAAGACCAACGAGUGGUUCUUCGUGGCCCCAAUGAACACGCGACGUAGCAGUGUGGGUGUGGGCGUCGUGGAGGGGAAGCUGUAUGCCGUCGGCGGUUAUGAUGGGGCGUCCCGCCAGUGCCUGAGCACCGUGGAGCAGUACAACCCCGCCACCAAUGAGUGGACGUACGUGGCGGACAUGAGCACUCGCCGCAGUGGCGCAGGGGUUGGGGUCCUCAGUGGGCAGCUGUAUGCCACAGGCGGGCACGAUGGGCCCUUGGUGAGGAAGAGUGUCGAGGUUUACGACCCUGGAACAAACACCUGGAAGCAGGUGGCGGAUAUGAACAUGUGCCGGCGCAAUGCAGGGGUCUGUGCAGUGAAUGGGCUCCUGUAUGUGGUUGGAGGGGACGACGGAUCCUGUAACUUGGCUUCGGUGGAGUACUACAAUCCUGUCACUGACAAGUGGACACUGCUGCCAACCAACAUGAGCACAGGGCGGAGCUACGCAGGCGUUGCUGUGAUUCACAAGCCUUUGUGACCCCAACUCCCACUGCCAGGAGGUGGAGGAAGGGAGGGCUGCUGCCUGUGACUCGGAACAGCGGGACCAGAAGCCUGGAUGCCACUGCUGCCGGAGUCUGCAGUGGAGCGAGAGCCACCCUCCUCCAACUUGGCAGAGUUCUCUGGGCAGGAAGACCGUGGCCCGCCUCCUGCUCCCACGAGGUGUUUUGUCCUCUGCCCUGAGCAGUCCUCUGCACCUCUGAGGGUCUUCUGGUAUUUCUACAGGGACACCCGAGAACCUGGAACCUGUGCGUGUGUGUGUGUGUGUGUGUGUGUGUGUGUGUGUUUGCGUGCACGCGUGCAUAUGUGUGUGUGCAUGCAGAUCGUGACGUUUCACUAAGCCGGGAGUGGUGCUGGUCUGCUCCAUUUCUGUACUACUGAUCCUUCAGCUUUGCUAAAAAUCGAAUCACAGAAACUGCUCUUCUGGAUUUGCCCCGCGGGGACCUUGAGACUACUAAAGCUGCUGCCUACUGGAAGAGCAGUUGUCAGACUGGGAAUGUCUGGGGAUGACGGGUAAGGGGACAGUGCUCUGACCAGGCCCGUAUACCAGCCUAGACUACUGGCACUGUCCGCAGAAGAAUGGGCAUUCUCGAAGCUUCCCCAUGGUCUCUGUGCGCUAGAACUAGGAACCACAGGUUCCCCGGCUCCUCGGCCGCGGCUCUUCCUUGGGUUCGCCUCUUGGAAGUUCUCCAGUCUCCGGGCUCCUGGUCUUUGACGUCAUGGAUUCCAGGUUCGGGAGACUUUGUAUCUCUUCGGUUGGGAAUACUAGCUCUUCAGAGAAGCAUUGAGUAGCACACUGGAUUAAAAAAAAAAAAAGCCAUGAAGAACAAAAAUGAUGAAACAGAGGGGUAAGGCUUCAGCCUCUGCCUGGAAUAGUCCCAGAGAGGAUCCUCUACCUAGGUUUUACCAGGAUAGGACUGUCCCUGUUCAUACCUCUUAUCCAGGUGUGAUUAUUCAGCGCGGCCUCUUUUACUCUCACAGCUAUUCUGGUUUGGAGGAUAAGUGAAAGGUCACCCCACUUCCAAACUCAAAGAUCGGUUUGUCCCUGCCCUGGAUGGGGUCCGGCAUGCUUCGCAUGGACAUGGAGGAUGUCACAGGCGCGGAGGGGCUGGGGCUGCCCUCGCAGUCUGUGACGAGGGCCCGGUGUGUCUGACAUCCUCGUCUUCCUUUCCUUGGGCUCUCCCCCGUCCCAGGGCCUGCGCUGCCCCACAAGGGAGGACAUGGUGGUAGGCCCCGGCUGUAUGAUCUCUCCAGGGCUACCUGCACUUUGAGAGAGGAGCUCGAUGAAAGCUUAGCUAAUUCAUAGGUAAAAAUGAUUACUGACAGAACUUCAGACACCUGGAGGCGGGUAUUUGAGGGCACAUGGGGUCAUUUGCUUUAAAAAGAAAAUAGAAACUUAAAGCUGUGCUUUUCCCAAACCAGCUAGUUGUCUGUGUUGGAACUUCCAGCGUAAGGAGGGGCAGUCUUAUGUCUGGAGAAGAGUCUCACACCAGGGGCCGGGGUUUAACCCUCCUGGAUGUCAGGGUCCACCUUGAGGGGGCCAAGGGGCUUUAUGAACUCUGAUGCUGGACUUCGGACACAGUGGGGCUACUUCAAGCAGGGUCAGCAGGAGACUGGCGUUCUCCCCACCUGACCCAGAGUCAGAAACCCAGGCCUCUCCCCGGAGAGCUGGCCGCUUUGUGUAUUUACUGUGUAUUUAUUGUCACGAAACACUCAACUCUUCUGAGGAGAAGCCUUUCCUUCUGAUGUUGAGCAGGUGUUAUUUCAGCGAGACAUUUGGAGGACACCAGCUUUGGUGGACCUGGAAAAGCAGCUGGGAAAGGGAUGGCUGUGAGUUGGGCACUCUGCUCUCAUCUGGCACAGAUGGGACUGGGGCUUCAGGAUCGGAAGCUGAUGGAAUGUGUUUUUGUUCCAGAUGUUCUUCCUCCCUCUCACACUGUGUGUGUGUGUGUGUGUCUCGGGAUGAAGCUGGGGGUUGGAAGCUGCACCGUGCAUCACACAGCUCCUAAUUUCAGAUGCAAAGUGAAGGCCCCUCUCCUCCCCCAACACCUGGAAGGUGAAUUUUCCUGCUCAUGUGGGGGAGACUCUUGUUUGUGUGUCACCUUCCCAGAAAGGCUCCCUCUCCAAGAGCUAGCCAGCCUGUUAGCCGCUUUGAGGUUUCCGCUCUGGGCCCCACCUCUCCCGUCUCCAUUCCCAGGAAGCACUGCUCUGCUGGCCGUGCUACCGAGGCCAUAUUCAUUUCAUCCUCACGUGUCCUUUCUCACGGGGAUGAGAACACUGGUACGUUGUAAAAGCCAGUUUGCUCUAGCUGCCCACAGAUGCCAUGCAAAACCUGCUCUCUCUUUAUCACCAGGUACGAUUCUCUCUCCACAGUGGGCACAACAGACUUAUUUGCAAGUCUGUGCUGGUCAUGUGGUAGGUGAGCCGCCCCUCCGCCCCCCAUUCUGGUGGCCUCAACUGCUUGUGAAUGCAGCUUUGCCAGUGGGGUAUCUGAAAUCUGGUCACAGCGAUGAAAUGGAAUUGCGGCCCAAGGUUAUAAGCAGCUUAGACGCCACUUGGAUACUGAUUUGGACAACAGAGAAGUCAGACUCUGAAUCCCAAAGUUAUUUCUCAAAAGUACCCAAUGGUACCUCUCCAUCUGAAAAGUUGCAGAUCAUGCAAAUGAAAGUGACCUCAUUUUCUGCUAUGCAAUAAGAAUACCUAAUUCUGUUUCAUGACAAACUAGUUGCAAUACCCCCUGAGAUGCUUUUUGAGCUGUCUUACUUUGAUAUCUGUUGUGUAAUGUUUGUAUAUUCCUGAGCCAGAUCCUUUCGAAGAUUGCCUUUUUAUAAAACUGAAGCUAUAGCUUUCAGGCUAAAAUUUUAACGUAGCUACUAUUUUUAUAAAAUAAUUUUUCAGGUUAUUUGAAUUGCUUUUUAUUGUCCAUGAUAAUGAAAUGUUAUGUUCUAUGCGUCAUUCACUCUCAAACAUAGUUCACGCCUGUAGCUCUCUUCCCUCUGUUUCUCACCCUCCUCAGACUCACUUCUCAGUUGCUCCAGGUAAAUGAGACUUUUUUGACUUGCAGUCUUCUUUCUUGCACCAUAUUCAAGGGAGAUUACUGAAAAACACAAUCACUGGUUUUUCUUGAAUCACUUAGGAACUAACUUGAGCACUUGCCAUCCAUGUCGCCUGCGUCCUUUUUUGGAGUCCCUUUGAGGCAGGGGUGGGGCUGGUGGGCCUGUCUCCUGGCGGUGCUUGUGGCCGGGCUCGGGCUCGGAGCCCACCCCUGCGGCAUGGAGAAGCCUCAGGGAGAGGCCUGCCCUCCAGCACCAACUCUGGGAGUCUCCUAGGUCCCGCUGAUGCAUCUUCAUUCUUACCCAUCUCUAUGUCUUUCUGAAGCUUCUAGCAGCCACGGCUUUUGCUGCUGGAUGAUGUCUCUCUCAGAAGCAUCUUGUCUGUGAACUUUAAAAGAGGGGUCACGUCCUCACCAAGAAAGCGUUAAGCAUGUGCUUUGCAGGUGCUUCUUCUAUACUUACAGUGUAUUUCUUGAGCUAUGUCUGCACUCCAGGCCCUAUUUUGUGUGUUUAUCUGCCCUUUCAUCUCAUUUUAAAAAGCUGUGUUUUCACGGGGAUGGUGCCUCUGAAUCGCCUCCAUGCUCCCCCUUUGCUCCUUGAUGGAUCAAGUUGGGAAGCUGAGCACACUCAUCAUCCAGUUGGCUGGAGGUUUUCUCUUUGCCUGGAGAAGCAAGGCGUUUGGAAUGUAUUUUUUUUUUUUUUUGGAAUGUUUGCACUAUUUAGAGUCCUAAGCCCCUCAUGUUCAGCUGUGCUAUGUGUCUACUGACCAAGCAGGAGAGCGGGCAGCACCUCUGACACUUGGGAGUGUCCGAGGUGGCUUCCGUAGAGGAGAAGCACAACCUCAUGGCCCCUCUGUGGCCUUUGUCGUGAGGCUCAGUGACUUGAUGUGGCAUCGGCCGAGGUAGCAACGCCUGGGACUGUGGCAUUUGUAGAAGCAAAUUGCCCUCGUGCUAUGUUCUUGCCUUUGGUUGUGAGAUUUCAAAUUAUUUCCCCCCCUUUUUUUUCAGUGGCAAUAAGGACCCUUGGACUUGUUGUUUAAUUUGUAUAUGAUGUGUACAGAGACACUGAAUGUGUUUGUGUGUGCGGGUGCCAUGUCCAUGUGGUGGUCCAUAGGCAGGCAGACUCGACCCCGACGCCUCGGACACAGCGUGAUGUAUGUAAGCCGCGUCCUCGGUCUGCCCUGCUCAGCUCAGAUGGCAGGGCUGGCGGAGCAUGUGGAACUCUUGUCGCUUGAUCCGAUAUAGUGCCAGCUGAACGGACAGUUCCCCAAGUGUGUUCUUCUAACGGGAAUCGUGGUCUAGUUUCCCAUACUUCAUGUUCCUUUACUUUUAAUAAAAGCUGAACUGUGA